AACUUUCUCUUUUUAUGAAUGAAGUGGAGACUGUGGAGUAGAGAAGCUGCUGCCCAUUCCCAGCCCUGAGCCCCUCUCUGCUCCCUCCCCGGCCCCUCUCAUCUCUCUCAUUCGCUUCAGCUUCUUCUUUCUCUACUGAUGAUCUGGAAGCUGUCGGGUCGGUAACAGGGAGAGGGGUCGCGCUGCACUGAGGUCUCCUGGGUUCACUCAUCAGUCUGCCGGGAGAGAGCGAGAGGGAGCGAUACAGACAAGUUGUAGAUCCUCAGGUCGCAUCUGUUUAACCACAACCGAUCCAACUGGAAAGAGCAACUGCAGCAGAACAUUUAUCUGUCCAGAGUUCCCAGCCAAUAUGAUCCGGAGGGAUCGUAUCCAUGAGAAUAACAGUGUGGACUUGACUUGUGUCCUGAGAUCACUUCUCUGCUGACAAAACAGUCGCGACCACGGACAUCGCAAUCCUGAGAUAUCCCCCCCUAUCCCUCAGGACAGCAGAUCUCUCCACACAGGAGACCCCGUGGACCAUACCAAUAGUGGAGGAAAGGGGGUGAGACUUUGGGUUGGACAGCAGGACUGGUUGCUUCCCAUGGCGGUGCCCUGAUCUCAAGCAGGGGGGGAGCUCGGGUUUCUGAAGCCUCAGUGAGUAUUAAAUAAAAAAGAAGAGGAAUACAAGUUUGGCUGCAGCAUUGGAGCAAAGUAAACACCCCCAUGUCACUGAUUCCAUGUUCUGAUGGAAACCCCCUCCCCCCAGAGACCCCCAACUGCUCUCAUCACACACAGGUCCCACUAUGACAUUCCCACUUUGUGGCACAGAAAGGAAUCCCACUCAUAUAAUUGCUUUGUAAAAUAAUCUGCAGCAUUUUCUCCUGUCAGUGAGGGGAAAGAGUUGGGUAAAUAACAGCCCUGGAAUAGAUCAGCAUUUGCUCUUCCCCAUUCGACCCCUGACAGACUCUGGUUCCUUUCCCUCUGCUCCAGGAUAUAAAGGGGAAGCUGAACUGCACCUCUGACACAUGGAUGGGAUUUCUGUGCUGAGACACUGGCAGAUAUGACUGUUUCCUACUGGGUCUGCCGCUUCUUCUGCAACUACUGACUGACUGCUACUGACUGCUGCUACUACUAGCCUUCUGGACUCUCGGGCCAUGGCAUGUGGGUCACAAGGCAAGAGCCAAACUGGAAUUCUGCUGGACUUGCUUGUAGUCAGUCUCACUGGGCAGCCUGGACCAAAGGAGUGUUAGAGCCAAACUGUUGGUCCUGCUCUUUGCCCCGGGGCAUCUUUGGAUGCUGCCAGCGCCUUGGAUAUGGGAUCAAGUCUGGGUUGUUCCUGCUUCUGCCUGGUCUUCUGCUGCUCCCUCAUCACUUCUGCCUGCGCCCUGGUGGAUGCUGAUGAUGUCAUAACUAAGGAAGAACAGAUUUUACUCUUGUUGAACGCUAAAGCGCUGUGUGAGAAACACCUGAGUUCAAGGGCAUCCAAGGCACACGAUAGCUCAUGCUUGCCUGAGUGGGAUGGAGUUGUCUGUUGGCCUGAAGGAUUGCCUGGAAAUACUGUGUCAAUAUCUUGCCCUGAAUACAUCCACGAUUUCAACCACAAAGGCCAUGCAUAUCGAAGGUGUGACAUGAACGGUAGCUGGGAGCUGGUGCCUGGAAAUAACCGAACAUGGGCAAAUUAUACAGAGUGUCCAAAGUACCUGUUAAAUGAGACCAAGGAAAGGGAGGUAUUUGAUCGCCUUUAUUUGAUAUACACCGUUGGUUAUUCCAUCUCCCUUGGAUCCCUAACAGUGGCUGUUCUAAUUCUGGGAUAUUUUAGGCGACUUCACUGCACACGGAACUACAUCCACAUGCACCUCUUUGUGUCAUUCAUGCUGAGGGCUGUCAGUAUCUUUGUGAAGGACGCGGUCCUCUACUCGGGUUCUGCUCUGGAAGAAAUGGAGCUAAUAUCCGAAGAAGAUUUAAGAUCUAUUACAGAACUCCCUCCAGCUGACAAGAUGCAAUUUGUGGGGUGCAAAGUGGCCGUCACAGUUUUCCUCUACUUCCUCGCAACCAACUACUACUGGAUCCUGGUGGAGGGACUCUACCUACACAGUCUCAUUUUCAUGGCUUUUAUAUCCGACAAGAAAUAUCUCUGGGGCUUCACGUUGUUUGGCUGGGGGGUACCUGCCAUCUUUGUUUUGAUUUGGGCACGGGAGCGGGCAACGGUGGCAGAUACAGAGUGCUGGGAUCUGAGUGCAGGGUAUUUAAAAUGGAUCAUUCAGGUGCCUAUCCUGACCGCUAUAGUGGUAAACUUUGGACUUUUUAUCAAUAUUGUUAGAGUUUUAGCUACAAAACUGAGGGAGACCAAUGCAGGGAGGUGCGAUACCCGUCAACAGUACAGGAAGCUGCUGAAAUCUACUCUCGUCUUGAUGCCUCUCUUUGGAGUCCACUAUAUAGUAUUUAUGGCCUUACCAUACACCGAAGUGUCAGGGAUCCUGUGGCAGGUUCAAAUGCACUAUGAAAUGCUCUUCAACUCCUUCCAGGGUUUUUUUGUGGCCAUUAUUUACUGCUUCUGCAAUGGAGAGGUACAAGCAGAGAUCAAGAAAUCAUGGAGCAGAUGGACAUUGGCUCUUGAUUUUAAGAGAAAAGCUAGGAGUGGGAGCACCACCUACAGUUAUGGACCAAUGGUUUCCCACACUAGCAUUACUAAUGUAACCACACGGGGGACUUUAGCCCUGCAUCUCAAUACAAGACUUGUAUCUACAGCCCUCAAUGGCCACAGGAACUUGCCAGGUUAUGUGAAAAAUGGCUCUUUAUCUGAAAACUCCAUACCUUCCUCAGGACCAGAUCAAUAUAACAAAGACGAGGAAUAUGUAAAUGGCUCCGGACUGUAUGACGGCGAAAGACCUACCACUGCAGUGGUAGAAGAAGAAAGAGAAACUGUAAUGUAAAUAUAAAAUAAAUUCCAUUGCAUCUUGAAGUGGAAGGCAGUAUCCCAUAGAAGCAACCAGUUUGGUGGAACAAUCUACCGGUUCUUUGUGGACCAAGAGAUGGAUGUGUGGUCUGCUUCCAAUGAAGUGCUUCAGAAAAAAAAACAUGGUUGGUUUCUUCUGAACAGCAAACUAGUUACAUUUUAUAUUUCACAUCUGUCCCACGAGAGCACUAAAGCACAGAAUCACAAUUCCCAAGUAAUGAUCUUCAUUACAGACAUGCAUUCUAAGAUGUUCCAGUUCAUUCUUUUCAGUGACUCAAAGGUUUUAUUGUUCUUCACAAAAUUAUUAUUAGUCCUCUAUGUUAGAGACCUAUAUGUAAAUGGUUGUGAUUUCUUUAAGGUUACAGAGCAGCACGUAAAGGACAAUGUAUAAAUACAGCUCUUCUUGGUCAAACAAGACCUCUCGCUAUCCCUGAUGAAUUUUCCUCAGAGAAGUAUCUCUUAUACCCGCAAAGCUACAAACCUCAUUCCAAACUACCCAACACUGAUGCAAACCAGAAAUGUGUUCUUCCACCAAAAUGAUGCACAUUUAAAACAUGCACGGUGAUUUGCUACGAGAGAAGCCAAGUGGCUUCACACCAGGUCCUCAGCUAUGCAGCCACUGCUAAGCGAAAGAAGCCUAUUUUGUAGGGCAUUUCUGAAUUGUUUAUGGAUUGCUUCAUGGGAACAGUUAAUCUGUACAGAUUAUUGAUUCCUCCCUCAGGAAAAAAAAAAAAUAUUGCGAGAGAAAAUAUAUAUGUAUAAUAUGGAGUUCAAUUUGAAAACAUUACUUAUGUUUACAUUACUCAUAUAUUUUUAAUAUAUGGAAAAAUAGAAAUUAUAAUGAAUAAUAUAUAUAUAUAUACGAACAAUGAAAUGUUAACUUUCUGGUAAGAUAUAUGAUAUCAAUGAAAGCACUUUCAUGCAUCAGAAUCAUCUGCAGUAAAUAGUCUUUGGCAUAACCAUUUUCAAGUCUUGUUGUUUUACAACCCCGAGUAAGAUGGAGUUAUGUCCCCAUAUUCCCUGUUUCCACAAGAACCCUCAACCUUGUGCAUAAAAGUGCUCUCUUAAUUAUGUUAACAAUUUGAAAUUUAAAACACUUAUCAUUAAAUAUCAUAGUCUUCAUUGUUAAAUUCCUUGGUGGGUAUAGCAACAGUUCUUAAGAUCGGCUGGUAAAAUACCAACCAGGUGGUUACCCAUCUCUAUCCAUAUUGUGUACUGGUAGGACCGAUUAUGAAGACAAUUUGAAUUGAUAAUUAUUCAAGAGCUUAAUGGCCUGAUACAAGCGUUUCUUCCUCUUUAAAGCCCAGUACAGAGCGAGAAUACAGAAUCCUUUCAAUUAUAUGAAACCAUGGGUGUGCAGUGUUUAGAAGUCAGUGAUGAGGUUUUAGCCAGAAAAAAUGUUUUAAAAGUUCUAACAGUAAAAUAUUUUCCCUUUAUGGAAGAAACAUGUCCACUUGAAAGAGACAUCAGCUUUAGAUUUCUUAAUUUUUUUGUUAUGCCUGGAUAAAUUAAAAUUUUCUAUAAAGUUAUAAGACAAAUAGGAUCAUAAAGCAUCACAGAAAUGUAUAUUUUUGAAAUGAUAUAGUUUGCACCAAGUCUAGAAACCAGCUGGCCAUUUUUACUGUUUGCCUAUUUCAAAGCAUGUGUCAUGCUACAGACCUGGCUUCAAACAUUGCCAUUUUUAUUUUAUGAUCGAUUGUUAUAUUAACCAAACAAAGUAAAUGUAGGAAGUCUUCUAUUCAGUGGUUCUCCUCUUAACUGCACUUUUUGUCCUGAAGAAUAUGUUCCCCUGGUAGAAUAUUUGGUUAAACUCUUCAAGUGGUGGGUCUAAAAGCAAACUGAACAGAUCUUAGGGCCCAGUUUCUCAUUAUGUCUUUGGACACAGACAAACAAUGCAUUCCUAUUUAUGGAAGUGAUCUUUUCGCUAGAUUAUUAAUUUAAAUAUUGGCAAACCAGUCAAUAAAGAAGUGAAGUGCAUUACAUAUUUUUUCAAUCUAGGUGUUUCAUGUUUUUCCUAUACUGUUUUAUAUACACCAUGUGACACAUAGGGGCAGAUUUAUCAAGGGUCGAAU